AUGAUUAAGAAGCAGGAGGAGGAAGAGGAGAGAGAGGCGGGACGUCGGCGGGGGCGAAAGAGAGCGCCUCCUUUUCAGGCGCAGGACCCCCAAGGGAGCCUCGGAAGCACAGCCAAGGCAGUCCCGGGUAGGCCCGAGCGCUGCAACCACGAGGCUGGCGCGGGCGAAGGGGAGGCGCCGCGACGGCGCCUUCAAGUUCCGCAAGCAGCCAAGGCGUCCCGGACUUCCGAGGCGCCUCCAUGCAGGUCCUGCCCUCCCGAGCGCCCCGCCGGAGGCAAAGCGACGUAUGUGAGGAGCAAUUUCGCGCGUGGCCAAAACGGUCGUCUGAAUGGGCCGGCGAGGAAGGAACCAAGAGGCGACCCAAGCAGAGGCGCCUCCUCUUCACGACCGACCGACCGACCGGCCGGCGCCCGCCCGCCCCACCCGCCGACGCCACGAGAAGGUCUGAGGGACCAGGCACCAGGGCGGGAGGCUUGCGCCGCCAUGGGAAGCCUCCCUCGCCCGCUCCUCGCCGCCGCCGCCCCACCCACGCAGAGCCCCCUCACCUGCUCAGGUCCGAGUUGCCGAGUCGCUUCCCGCUUCGCCUUGUGCACACCGCGCUCCAAUUCGGAUAGGACGGCCCAGUACAGGAAGCACCUUCGAUUCCUAUUGGCCGCCGCCGCCGAGCGCGGACCCGCCUCUAUACGAAACCGGCGGAAGGAAGCUUCGACUCGUCUUCGCGCCCGCCAAUCAAAUGACGUCGGCGCUGCGCCAUUGGCUGGAUUGAGACCCGGCGAUUGAGAAAGAGAAUACAGAUGGGAGAAGGGGGCUGAGCAAAGCUUCCAGAAAUCUAUGCAGAUCCUGGUUCACAGCUUGUCCAUUCCUUCACAACUGGAUGAGCAACCUCAGAAUUCUCCCCUCAAAAUAUGGAGAGUCUGCUCCCUGACAGGCAUAUCUUAUAAAGGCUUAGCAAAGAGGGUUAAUCUCUUUGAUCAUUUCACAAAGAGCGAACAUUUGAUGCUAUAAUGAAGACAUAAAAAGUGUGGCUCUUAUUUUGAGGCAGUGCAAUAUGGACAAUGCCUGUGUACACACUCCUAAAAGAGCUACAAUUCCCAGCAGCCUUAAGAAACUAUGGUUCCCAAUAUACUUGGAACAGGGGGAGUCAAGUGCUUUAAAUUGUGUUGAAGCCACAUUCAAAAUCUGGACACAUCUUAGAGUAAAUGAAUCUCUCUUGCUUUGCAUUACACUGUAAGCAGGGGGAUGUGGUUGUGGCAACUAUAUUGUCUUACUGUUCACUAAAGCAUUUGAUCUAA